CCCGGUACGACGACAGGCAGGCGAUUGUAGCAGAAAAAGCAGAGAGGAGCUGUGGGAGGAGGAGGACGCCUCAUACAAAUACAGAAGCUCUCAGGACUACGACACACACACAAACUGGAUCAUAUCUACUGCGGGUUUUUGGAGAUUUGUGCAGACGCGGUGCGGACUGUUAUUACGCACGACUACGUUUCCCUGCGGUAAAAUCCACCGGAGUUUUGGACAGGAGGCGCACGGCUUGCCUGCUCUUCCUCGUCAGAAAAAGAGGGUUUAUAGCGGGGAGGUUUACGGAGCAGCAGACUGAAGGCACAGUGGAGGAGUUGGGAUGUCCUGAGUCAGUCCUCGGGGCCCAGAGAGCGCUGUGCUGAUGGGACCUGCUACGCCGCCAUGAGCUUACAAGAUGGCGGCUGCAGCUAUGCUAGCAGCGCCAACAUGGCCAGCGUCACCGGCAGCAUGCGGCGGCGCCUGGAGGACCAGGAGUUCAGCCUGCGCGUGUACCCGGGCACCCUGGCCGAGGGAACCAUCUACUGCCCCGUCUGCGCCCGCAAGAACACCACGGCUGCCGAGGCCAUCGACUGCCUCAUCGAGCGGCUGCGCCUGGAUCGCACCAAAUGCUACGUGUUGGCUGAGGUGAAGGAGUUUGGCGGGGAGGAGUGGAUCCUGAACCCCUCCGACUGCCCCGUGCAGAGGAUGAUGCUCUGGCCUCGCAGCGCCCUGGAGAACCGCAGCGGCCUCUGCAGCGGAGACGACUACCGCUUCCUCCUGAGGGAGAAGAACUUGGACGGGUCUAUCCAUUAUGGCGGCAGCCUGCAGAUGUGGCUGCGGUUGACUGAGGAGCGGCGGCGCAUGGUGGAGCGGGGUUUCCUCCCCCAGCCUGCAGGGAGCGACCCUCCGUCCGACCUCUGCGCUCUCCCGGAGCUAACAGAACGCACUAUUUUGGAGAGCCUCCGUGCACAUUUCCGCCAGGAGAAGAUCUACACUUACAUUGGGAGUAUUCUUAUUGUGAUUAACCCUUUUCAGUUCCUGCCAAUCUACAAUCCUAAGUAUGUCAAAUUGUACGAUAACCACACACUGGGGAAGCUGGAGCCUCACAUUUAUGCUGUGGCGGACGUGGCGUAUCACGCUAUGCUGCAGCGACGGAAGAACCAGUGCAUAGUCAUUUCUGGGGAGAGUGGGUCAGGGAAGACCCAGAGCACCAACUUCCUCAUCCAUCACCUGACUGCUCUCAGCCAGAAGGGGUUCGCCAGCGGGGUGGAGCAGAUCAUCCUGGGGGCCGGGCCUGUGUUGGAGGCCUUUGGAAACGCUAAGACCGCCCACAACAACAACUCCAGCCGCUUCGGAAAGUUCAUCCAGGUCAACUACCAGGAGAGUGGCACUGUCAGAGGGGCCUAUGUGGAGAAAUACCUGCUGGAGAAAUCUCGUCUGGUGUACCAGGAGCACAAUGAGAGGAACUACCAUGUUUUCUACUACCUGUUGGCCGGAGCCAGUGAAGAAGAGAGGAAGUCCUUCCACCUGCUCAAACCUGAGGAAUACCACUACCUCAACCAGAUGACAAAGAAAUCGCACAAACUCCACUGGGACAAUUACUAUGAGAGCGACCUGGACUGCUUCACAGUGGAAGGAGAGGAUCUGAAACACGACUUUGAGCGGCUGCAGCUCGCCAUGGAGAUGGUCGGCUUCUUACCCACCACACGCAAACAGAUCUUCUCCCUGCUGUCAGCGAUCCUCCACCUGGGAAACAUCCGCUACAAGAAGAAGACCUACAGAGACGAUUCCAUCGACAUCUGCAACCCAGAGGGCCUGCCCGUCGUCUCCGAGCUGCUCGAGGUCAAAGAGGAGAUGCUGCUGGAAGCUCUGACCACCAGGAAGACGGUGACUGUCGGAGAGAGACUCAUCGUACCCUAUAAACUUGCUGAGGCGGGCACGGUGAGAGACUCCAUGGCUAAGUCCCUGUACAGCGCUCUGUUUGACUGGAUCGUGUUCAGGACCAACCAUGCUCUGCUCAACAACAAGGACCUCGAGGACAACUCAAAGACCCUGUCCAUAGGAGUCCUGGACAUCUUUGGCUUUGAGGAUUAUGAAAACAACAGCUUUGAACAGUUCUGCAUCAACUUCGCCAACGAACGACUGCAGCACUACUUCAACCAACACAUCUUCAAAUUGGAGCAGGAGGAGUACCGGGCGGAGGGCAUCACCUGGCAUCACAUCGAGUACAUCGACAACAGCGGCUGCCUCAACCUCAUCAGCAAGAAACCCACAGCGCUGUUCCACCUGCUGGACGAGGAGUGCAAUUUCCCCCAGGCCUCCAAUCAGACCCUGCUGGACAAGUUCAAGCGUCAGCAUGAAGGAAACAGUUACAUCGAGUUCCCCGCUGUCAUGGAGUCGGCCUUCAUCAUCGCACACUACGCCGGGAAGGUCAAGUACGGAGUCAAGGACUUCAGGGAGAAGAACACUGACCACAUGCGUCCCGACAUCGUGGCUUUGCUCAAGAGCAGCAAGAACGCCUUCAUCUGCAGCCUGAUGGGAAUCGACCCGGUGGCGACCUUCCGCUGGGCCGUGCUGCGGGCGUACUUCAGAGCCAUGGUGGCUUUCAGGGAAGCCGGCCGCAGACACACACACAAGAAAACUGGGAACGAUGCAGCGGUUCCCUGUGCUGUGGUCAAAACCGUGGACAGCUUCAGUUUCCUCCAUCACCCGGUUCACCAGAGGAGCCUCGAGAUCCUGCAAAGAUGCAAAGACGAGAAAUACAGUAAGUAUCACCAGGAAAACCCCCGCACUCCUCUGUCAGAUCUUCAGGGCACCAACGCUCUGAACGAGAAGGCCAGCUGGUGAGUACCAACCAAAAAGUGGACAGCUUCGGUUAACGGUCGCAGCUCCAGGUCUGGUCGUGUUUCCUCGACGAGUCCCGCCCUGGAAGAAGAAGGCAUCUUCAUCAACUCGACCAGCAGCAAACUCCUGGAGGAGCUCAGGGCAUCCUACUGUGAGAACAAAAACAUCAAAAGCAAGCCGAGCCUUCCCAAGCACUUGUUGGACAUUAAGUCUCUGCGGUACCUGAGCAGCGUGACGCUCCACGACCGCAUCACCAAGUCUCUGCUCCACCUGCACAAGAAGAAGAAGCCGCCCAGCAUCAGCGCUCAGUUUCAGGCGUCCCUCAAUAAGCUGAUGGAGACUCUCGACCAAUCAGAGCCGUACUUUGUGAAGUGUAUUCGCUCCAACGCUGAGAAGCUGCCGUUGCGUUUCAACGACAGCCUGGUGCUCCGACAGCUCAGAUACACGGGCAUGCUGGAGACCGUCCGGAUCCGACAGUCCGGAUACAACAUCAAGUACACCUUCCAGGACUUUGUGCGUCACUUUCACAUUCUGCUGCCUCGAGGCACGAGUCCCACCAAGUCGGGCAUCAGGGAGUUCUUCAGACGGAUCCACCUGCCGCCUGCUGGGUAUCAAGUGGGAAACACCAUGGUGUUUCUGCGGGAGGCGGAGCGGCAACGUCUUCAGACUCUCCUCCACCAGGAGGUCCUGCGGAGGAUCGUCGCGCUGCAGCGCCGCUUCAGAGCCGUCCUGGAGAGGAAGCACUUUUUGGAAAUGAGGAGAGCUGCCUUCGUCAUCCAGCGAUGGUGGCGAUGCUGCCUCCUCAAACAGUCCACCAUGGACCGGGAGGAUGAGGAGGAGGAAGAAGAGGAGGCGGCGGCGGUGUGUGUGCAGGCGGCCUGGAGGAGCUACAGGCAGCGGCGGAGGUUCCUGCUGUGGCGUGACUCUGCCGUCGUCAUCCAGAGGAGCUGGAGGAAGUGCCGGCUGCGCAGAUCUGAGGCAGCCGUCAGGAUCCAAUCAGCCUGGAGAGGAUUCAGGGAGCGGAGCCGCUACCUCAGGACGAGCAGGGCGGUGACGCUGCUGCAGGCCAGAGGCAGGGGACACCUGGCCAGACUCAGGUUCAGGGAAGUGAAGGAGCAGCAUGAGAGACAACAGAGUCCAGCAGCAGCAGAGAUGGAUGCAGGAACCAUCGAGGACCUCACCUCAUCAGGACAGGAAGUUUGCGAUCAGGAUAUAUCCGUAGAACUGACUGAAGACCCUCAGCCUACUGUGUUAGACGGGGGAGAAAUGGAGAGAGAGGAGGACUCUGAGCGGAGCAGGAGCAUGAGCAUGAGCAUGGACGAGACCAGCGAUAAGAUCAGGAUAAAGAGAAAGAGCCGACGGAUGAGAGAGCUGGAGCAGGCUCAGUUCAGCUUAGAGCUUCUGAAGGUCCGGACCACCAGCGUGCAGGAAGAGUCCGUCCCUGAAACCAGCACCUGUGCUCUGGAAGACCCUCACAGACUUUCCCCUCGUGGGUCUCCAGCUAGUCACGGUAGUUUUGAGCUCCUCAGUGUGGAGGACAUGGAGACCGAAGGCUCUGGAGGUGUUAUUCCAGAGUCUACUGCACUGGAUAUGCAACUACACGAGAGAGAUGCUAACUUUAAUGAAAAGCCAGUGAUGGAGCCGCCAAACAAAGCAGAGGGUGGGAGGGCAACGUUUUAUAUCGCUUCUGACCAAAGUCCAGUUCAUGAACCAACAUUCGAAAGCCCCAGUAAAUCCGAGAGAAGGGAGUCCACGUCUCGGAGGCCUGUGGUGGUCCUGAUCAGUAUGCAGAAGGAGAGUCCAUUGGAGGAGGGGGAGCUGCUGGCAGCCCACAUCCUAGAAGGAGCUUCUGAAGCAGCAUCAGCCCCCGAAAUGACCCCCGCUACGGACCCAGAGGUUGUAGAGAUGGAGCAACCUGUAGGGAUUAUUACCCAGCCUGAGAGUGAUGUAUGUGGGGCGGACAAAUCCCCAGAGGUCCCGUCUUUAAGUCCAGAAUCCGGGGUCUGCUCCUCAGAGGUGGACAUCCAGAUCGUGCUGCAGCCGAAGUCCAGCGUCCCCCCCGCCCCCGCCCCAACCCCCGCCCCCGCCCCCGCACCCCCCCGCCAGCCAGAGAGGAAGACGAGCCGCCCGGCGCAGGACGCCCCGAGCCCCGUGCUGGACACCAAACCUCCCAAAGCCCAGAAGAAGAGCUCGGCCCAGACUGUGAUCGUGAACAUGGUGGAGAAACCCUCCAACAGCGUGUUCUCCCCCCCCAGACGCAAGCUGCCAUUCUCCAAGUCAGAUAAGGAUUUGGUGAACCAGGAAAGAUCUCUCGCCAUGUUCAGAGACGACUCUAAAUCUGGGUCCAGAAACAGAGAGCAGGUGGGUCGCCCCGGCCCCAAAAAGAAAGCGCGAAUGUCCCGGACGCGCUCCGACUUCCUGACGCGCUGUAACUCUGAGGGCGCCACGCAGUCCGACGACGACGACGAGUACUACACCCCCGCCCACUCCCACACGCUGCCCCCCCUUCCGUCCCCCCCGCUCGCCCUCCCCGAGGACGACUGUCAAAGUGACUCCGAGAUGUCAUCUCACAAAGACCAGAAGAAGAUCCAUAAGACCAUGUCGUCAGGAGACCUGGGCAAGGUGGAAGUCCUCAGGAAAACCUCCAGUCAGGAUGGAGGCAGGAUGAAAGGAAGGAUACGAUUCUGGAGUAAGACAAAGAGCGAGAAAAAACUGCUGAGAGAGGCCAGCAGGAGCGGGUCUGCAGAAGCACAUGUAGGCCCUCCUUCUCCUCCUCGCAUUCCAGAUUUGGAGGCCUCCUCUUCCUCUCGGGCGGUCAGUAAGGAGAACAAGGAGCCGUCUCCUAAGAUGAGGAGGCGUCGCAGCGUGAAGAUCAGCAGCGUCGCUCUGGAGCCGGCGCAGUGGCAGAACGACGCGCUGCACAUCCUCAGCUCGGCUCACGACUACCGCACCAUGAACGACUUCCUCAUGAAGAAGAUCGCCGACCUGGAGUCAGAGGACGGUAAGAAGGACACCAUGGUGGACGUCGUCUUCAAGAAGGCUCUGAGGGAGUUCAGGAUCAACAUCUUCAACUCAUACUCCACCGCGCUGGCAAUGGAUGAUGGGAAGAGUAUCCGUUACAAGGAUCUGUACGCCCUUUUCGAACAGAUCCUGGAGAAGACCAUGCGCCUGGAGCAGAGGGACUGGUGCGAGUCGCCGGUGAAGGUGUGGGUCAACACCUUCAAGGUGUUCCUGGACGAGUUUAUGACCGAGUACAAGCCCAUGCAGGGAACCAUCAGCAGGGCUCCUAAACGAGAACGCAAGAAGUCAAGAAAGAAGGAAACAGAUAUUGUGGAAGAACACAACGGCCACAUCUUUAAAUCCACACAGUACAGCAUCCCCACAUACUGCGAGUACUGCUCCUCCCUCAUCUGGAUGAUGGACCGCGCCUGCGUCUGCAAACUGUGUCGCUACGCCUGCCAUAGGAAGUGCUGCACCAAGAUGACCACCAAGUGCAGUAAAAAGUACGAUCCGGAGCUAUCGUCCAGGCAGUACGGUGUGGAGUUGUCCCGUCUGACCAGCGAGGAGCGGACGGUGCCGCAGCUCGUGGAGAAACUCAUCAACUACAUCGAGAUGCACGGCCUCUACACCGAGGGCAUCUACAGGAAGUCAGGCUCCACCAAUAAGAUCAAAGAGCUGCGUCUGGGGCUGGACACAGAUGUGAACGUUGUGAACCUGGACGACUACAACAUCCACGUCAUUGCCAGCGUUCUCAAACAGUGGCUGCGUGACCUGCCCAGCCCUCUCAUGACCUUCGAACUGUACGAGGAGUUCCUCCGGGCCAUGGGCCAGUCAGAUCGGCGGGAGGUGAUAACAGGAGUGUAUUCUGUGAUUGACCAGCUCAGCAGGACUCACCUCAGCACGCUGGAGCGCCUCAUCUUCCAUCUGGUCAGGAUUGCCCUGCAGGAGGACACGAACAGGAUGUCGGCCAACGCCCUCGCCAUCGUGUUCGCUCCCUGCAUCCUCCGCUGCCCCGACACCAUCGACCCGCUGCAGAGCGUCCAGGACAUCAGCAAAACCACAGCGUGUGUGGAGCUGAUCAUCAACGAGCAGAUGAGCAAGUACAGAGCUCGUCUGAAGGACAUCAGCAGUCUGGAGUUUGCAGAAAGCAAAGCCAAGAGCAGACUGACCCACAUCAGGAGGUCCAUGUGCAAAGGCCGCGUUCGGCAAAGCAGCACCAACACGCUGUCGCCGCCUCUCAGCCCUAAAGUGCCCCCAGUGGUGGUGGAUGGAGAGAGUGAUGGAAGUGGAGGAGGAGGAGGAGGAGGAGGAGGAGGAGGAGGAGGAGGAGGAGGAGGAGAAGAAGGAGGAGGAGAAGGAGAAAGAGGAGAAGGAGGAGAAGGAGAAGGAGCAGAGGAAGCAGCAGAGGCCGGGCUGAGUGAUCAGCAGCAGAUGGCGAUGCAGCAGGAAGAGAGGAUCCUCACCGAGCAGAUCGAGAGCCUGCAGAAAGAAAAGGAGGAGCUGACGUAUGAGAUGUUGAUCCUGGAGCCGCGGACGUCUGAUGAUGAAACUCCUGAAUCUGAAGCCUCCAUCGGCACAGCAGACAGCUCGGAGAACAUCACCAUGGAGACGGAAGGAGCCACAUCAGACCCCUUUGAACGUGGCCCUUAUCACGGCAGAAAGUCGGAGUCAAAAAGCCGCCGAGCUUUACGCCGUCAGCCCGACUCCCAGGACUCAGCAGACUCCAUCUCCACCGUCUCCUCCUACCACCCGUCCUCCUCUCUGUCCUCCAACGCCUCCGGCUCGCCCUCCCCUCACUACCGCUUCCGCUCCUCCUCCUCCGGGCCCCUGCUCUCCUCCUGUGGGCUGGGGGCCCCGUUGGCAGAAGCCGACGGAGGCCAAGGAGCCGCGAAGAGCCGCCACCGGAUCCGUCUGAGUCGCAGCUCACCUCGGGAACCCUCGGGGGGGAUAAGGAGGGACUCUGACUUCGGCUCGGGGCCACAGCAGCUGGUUCUGUACGGCAGCAACGAGUUCAUGGUGUGA